GAUCUAUCUUGAUUAUGUCCUAAACUAAUACAAAAAUGUAUAUUGUGUGUGUGUGCAGAAUUCAAGAUGUCAUCAGCAAAAGGUGUUUCCAUUGGUAUCGACCUGGGUACCACCUAUUCCUGUGUGGGGGUGUUCCAGCAUGGAAAAGUGGAGAUCAUUGCCAAUGAUCAGGGCAACAGAACCACCCCAAGUUAUGUGGCCUUCACAGACACAGAACGACUGAUUGGUGAUGCUGCAAAAAAUCAGGUGGCCAUGAACCCCAACAACACAGUCUUUAAUGCCAAGUGUCUGAUCGGACGAAAGUUUGAUGAGCCCGUUGUGCAGUCUGACAUGAAGCACUGGCCCUUCCAAGUUAUCAGUGAUGGAGGAAAGCCCAAAGUUCAAGUGGAGUACAAAAAAAAGAACAGAACAUUUUACCCAGAAGAGAUCUCCUCCAUGGUCCUGGUCAAGAUGAAGGAGAUUGCUGAAGCCUACCUUGGACAAAAAGUAACCAAUGCCGUCAUCACUGUACCUGCCUACUUCAGCUACAUACAGCGUCAGGCAACCAAGGAAGCUGGAAUGAUUGCCGGACUGAAUGUGCUUAGGAUCAUCAACGAGCCCACAGCAGCAGCCAUUGCUUAUGGGCUGGAAAAAGACAUAGGACGUGAACGUAAUGUCAAAAGCAAAAGUGGUGGACGUAAUGUCCUCAUCUUUGACCUGGGUGGUGUGUACUUAAAUGUUUCUAUCCUAACCAUUGAAGAUGGCUUCUUUGAGGUGAAAGCCACAGCUGGGGACACUCACCUGGGUGGGGAAGACUUUGAUAAUCGCAUGGUGAAUCACUUUAUGGAGGAGUUCAAGAGGAAGUUUAAGAAGGACAUCAGCCAGAACAAGAGGGCACUGAGGAGGCUGUGCAGAGCAUGUGAGAUGGCCAAAAAGACACUUUCCUCCAGCUCCCAAGCCGGCAUUGAGAUUGACUCUCUCUAUGAAGGCAUUGAUUUCUACACCUCCAUCACCAGAGCUCGCUUUGAGGAGAUGAACUCCGACCUCUUCAGGGGAACCCUUGAGCCUGUGGAGAAGGCCCUGAGAGAUGCCAAGCUGGACAAGUCACAAAUUCAUGACAUUGUCUUGGUGGGAGGUUCCACCAGAAUCCCUAAAAUCCAGAAGGAGCUGCAGGAUUUCUUCAAUGGAAGGGAACUGAACAAGGGCAUCAACCCUGACGAGGCAGUGGCCUAUGGUGCUGCAGUCCAGGCUGCCAUUCUCAUGGGCGACAAGGCUGACAACGUCCUGAACCUAGUGGUGCUGGAUGUGGCCCCGCUGUCUCUGGGCAUCGAGACGGCUGGAGGAGUCAUGACUACCUUUAUCAAGCGUAACACCACCAUCCCCAACAUAUAUACCAAAACCAUCACCCCAUGCUCUGACACCAUCCAGGUAUAUGAGGGAGAAGGAGCCAUGACUAAGGACAACAACCUGCUGCGCAAGAUUGAGCUGACUGGGAUCUCUCUGGCCCCUCGCAGAGUUCCUCAGAUUGAGGUGACCUUUGAAAUUUAUGCUAAUGGGAUCCUCAAUGUGUCGGCAGUCGCCAAAAGCACUGGCAAGAAGAAGAAGAAGAUAUCUGCCACAGCUGAAAUAGUAUGGUUCAGCAAGGAGGAGAUUGAGAAGAUGAUACAGGAUGCAAAGAAAUACAAAACAGAAGAUGACAUGCUGAGGAAGACGAUUGCUGCCAAGAUCUCCCUGGAGUCCUAUGUAUUCCACAUGAAGGGCGUCUUUAAGGCAGUUGAUGAGCGGUGCAGCCCGACCUUUACCUGGAUGGAGAACCACGAACUGGCUGACAAACAGGAGUACGAGAACAAGCAGAAGGAGUUGGACUGCAAAUUCAUCAUCAAAGUUCUUUAUAGAUCAGUGAUUACAACGCCCAGAAUACAACAGCAAAACAAGUAAAAGGAUUGUCAAAAGAGUCACGAAAACACCUACCAGAAAACAUGAAUUUUGAACCUGAAAAAACUUCAGAGAACAUUCAGUUAAUUUUGUCACAUUUAUGACUUUUAUAUUCAUGUCCUCCUCCUUGACUGUGCCACUUCUGGUUGGUGGGUAUGCGUAGUUCGAGUGGGGCACAGAAAUUCUGAUUGGUGAGCUUCCCAGUCGGUCGGGGUGCUGUGCUUCUUGUGCACCAGCCGUGCUCACCAGUCAGGGGUGGCACAAAUUAAAAAGACAUUUGGAAUAUUGAACUGAAUCAGAUCAUUCACAUUCAAGAAUCAUAUCGCAAAUUGUAAGGUAUGAGCUACACCAGGCGCAUAACUGAAGCGUUCCGUUU